GUCAUUUCCGGCCAGUGUCGCCAUCUGCUUUCUCGUCCUUCUCCAAUCUCCGUGUUGUUGUUCUCGGUGACGCGGCGGAGGUGUAGCCUGACGCGGGCUCUUACGUGUCGGCCAGAAUAAAAGUGGAGCUCCGGAGGCCCGGGAGUGACGAAGGGAGUCUGUAUCGCUCAUCCAAUGAAGAUGGAGUCAGCUGUGGAGGCUCAGCAGGGGGUGGAGACUGUUGUGACUGAGACAGAGAGCCAGCAGAUCACCCCAGCACAGAUUGCUACUUUGGCACAGGUAUCCAUGACAACGGGUCACGCCUCAGCAACAGGUCCCACAGUAACGCUGGUGCAGCUUCCCAAUGGACAGACAGUUCAGGUCCACGGUGUGAUCCAGGCUGCACAGCCGUCUGUUAUCCAGUCCCCGCAGGUCCAGGCUGUUCAGAUAUCCACCAUAGCAGAAAGUGAGGAUUCACAAGAGUCAGUAGACAGUGUGACUGACUCUCAGAAGCGCAGGGAGAUCCUGUCACGACGCCCUUCAUACAGGAAGAUCCUGAAUGACCUGUCAUCUGACGCACCGGCUGUCCCUCGUAUCGAGGAGGAAAAAACCGAGGAGGAUUCAUCUGCUACUGCUGCCACACCAGCAAUCACCACGGUCACUGUCCCAACACCCAUCUACCAAACCAGCAGUGGUCAAUACAUUGCAAUCACGCAGGGUGGAGCCAUUCAGCUGGCUAAUAAUGGAACAGAUGGAGUCCAGGGCCUUCAGACUCUGACCAUGACCAACGCAGCAGCAGCCGCCCAGCCUGGAGCCACCAUCCUCCAGUACGCACAGACCAGCGAUGGCCAGCAGAUACUGGUUCCCAGUAACCAGGUGGUGGUGCAAGCUGCCUCUGGUGACGUCCAGGCCUAUCAGAUCCGAGCAGCCCCAGCCAGCACCAUUGCCCCCGGGGUUGUCAUGGCCUCAUCCCCUGCCCUCCCCACCCAGGGUGCUACCGAAGAGGUGACCCGCAAACGGGAAGUCCGCCUCAUGAAGAACAGAGAGGCAGCCCGUGAAUGUCGCAGGAAGAAGAAGGAGUAUGUUAAGUGUCUGGAGAAUCGAGUCGCUGUCCUGGAGAACCAAAACAAGACAUUAAUUGAAGAACUUAAAGCCCUUAAAGACCUUUACUGCCAUAAAUCUGAGUAGUCCCUAUCCUGAACACCAAGCUGGGCGAAGUAGCAUUUCAGUUCUUUUCAAAUACUUUGACUGUUUGAUUCUGCCUGCCUUGAAUUUUAUAGUCUGAAACUAUCACUAAAGGUGUAAAAAUAGCUCCUGUCAACAGUUAACAUGUUGCUUCACACACCUUUGACUGUGAGUCUACUCCUUAUAAUCAUAGAUUUGGCUAAUACCCAUAUAGUUAGUGUGACACUGUACUCAUCACAGCUGUUGCAGAGAUACAUGACUAGAAAAUAUUUGAUAGGAGAGUAAUAUUGAAGAAAUAUUAUGCUUAAAUGCUCUUUCACCAACAAAAAUGUAUGGUUCAAAACGGGAAGACUUAUGUUUAAUUGGCCUCAAUGGUCUAGUUGAGCAUUUGUAUUUAACUAAUGAUGCCUGGCAACUUGCGUGCGGUUGCCUCCAGUUUAAUUAACCUUGAUGUCCCUUUCAUACCAGUUGUACAGUUGUGGACCAGAACUGCAUUUCAAGCCUGAUGUGUGAUUUCAUGGACAGCUGCCAGAUAUUCAUUAAUGAAUAUUUUCUAUUGCAUUGGUGUAACUUUACAUUCAAAGUGAUGAGUUCAGUGUGACAACAAGCAUGUAAAAAAACAACACUGACUAUGAAUAUAAUUGAAUACACCGAAAUCGUGAUUAGCUGAUAUUGUUGCCUCCUAUAUGCAAUGUUUUGCAGUAUGUUCAUACUUUAUCCUAAAAAAGUUUGUACAAUACAACAGUUAAGACUCUGACAUUUCUGUAUCAGGCAAGCUCAGUCAGUAUUAGUUAAAGGCUUGGAAGGAAUUAUGAAGCUCUACUUGAUCCACAUCCUUAUGUGAACCAACUUUCAAAAAUACAGCCACUUGUAUAGCAGACUUCAACACCUAAUUGGGCACAAACUAGUCAUUUUUUUCUAAGUGUUUUUAAAAUGCUACAAACUGCCUAUCUUGAAUGAAGUGGAAGUUAGUGUGUGUCAGUAGACAGUGGAUGGCCACAGUCUUGUUGACUUAUUGUAGUGUGACACUUUUCAGUUCACUCACCUAUGUUUAUCUGCUUCUCCACCUCAAGCGGUUGACAUAGAUGUGAUUAAAAUUGGAUUAUUAGCAGGAUGAGAAAGAAGAAAGAAAGAAAUUUAUGUUUUUACAACCUGGAGUCACCUUUUUGUAGUUUUGGCCAACAUUCAUAUUAAUUAUGGUAACAUUUUUACUCACUAAUUUUAGUCCUUUUUGGACAGCAAGAUAAGGUGCAAUUUUAUCUAAAUUAUUCGGAAGUAAAAACAAAUCAUGUUGAAGCUAGCAAAAGAACACUGUACGCGCUGUUGUUCUGCACAAAGUCGUUUUUCAAAAGCACAACUUUAGCAUUCAAGUGUGUUCAUGGUCUACAUUUGUUUAGAGCUUACCGACUCCUGUGGCUUUUGGUGUCAAAGAGUAAAAUGUUGACUUGAAAUAAUGGUGAGUGAUGUCUGAAAGGAUAAAAAGAUGAGCCAGGUUGUACAAAAAAAAAAGCACACUUAGUGAGUAGUUUUAAGACCGGAGUAUUAGAUGUUUUCCAAACCCAGAUCACGUUCAGGUCAAGCGUCUUCUCAUUGUGCCACAGUAGACUGUUAGCCAAUGGUUUUCAGCGUUUUAAAAUACUGUGUAUGUUUUGCAAAUGUUUAACGGUGGUGAGACAUGGAUCGCAACAACAUGUGAGAUUUCAGGGCCAUUUUUUAAAAAAUAUGUAGCCAAUGGGAUUGUUUUUGAAGAUAUAGGCUACAGUUACAUGAACUUAACACUAAUAAUCCGUGAAGACGUGUGUUCUGUUGAAAAGAGAUCCUUUUUGUGGGACUAUGUGUGGUUUUUGAGAAGAUAUAUGUACGUAUUUGUCUGUUUAUUUUUUUAUAUUACUGUACAUAGAUUCUACAGCAUGUGUAGACCUUGUGCAUUUCUGUUUAUUUGAUAUGAAAAAUGUUCUUAUGGCUUGUAUGGAACCAACUUUGCAUAUUUGUAACAUACAUCAAUGUAUAUUAGAACACAAUGUAUGUGUGUAUCGAUGUAAUCCACCAGGCCUACCACCAUCAUGGCAGCUAAGCGUAUUGAGAAAAGGCCUUUGCUGGAGAUGUUAUAUUUUGGAGUGUCGUACUCUGUUUAGGACUGACAGUUGUGUUUGUAGAGGACAGCAAGUCUGCUGAGACCACUUGGGGUCCAAACACAUAUCAGUUUCAUAAUUACAUUUUUUUAAAAUUUGAUAACUGCACAGCAGAACCCUUGAUGGCUUCCAACCCAACCCCAUAUGUUUUUAACUGCAGUUAUAUUUUUAUCUAAUAGACCUAAGCAGAAAUCAGUAACCAUUUUUUGUAUCUUUCAGUUCAGCAAAAGACAGCAGAAUUUUUCCUUCCACUGGGUCAUUUCUUAUAUUUAUUGCAUUGUACUUGGGCUGCAGUUAUUUUACUACAAAACUACAUUAGAUUUUUUGUUUCUCAUCGACACUGGUUUCAGUGGUAGGAUAUGUGGGUUAGUUGAUCCUCAACCCAAGUAUUGGCUCACUUCAACUGGAAACUAACAGAAAUCCUCUCUAAACAUACUUGGCAUACUUAUACAGUUGGAGUUGUGUUACGGUAUUUCACAAAAUCACCUUAACUCGAGGUCCACUUGAUAGCUUUUUUUGAAUGCUUUUAAAUGCAUCUCAGUCUUCUUCAGCAGAUGGGGUCAGCACGUUCUGUAUGGGUACAGUACAAAUGGUGUGAAAUAAUAAGCUCUGAUCAAAACUCUGGAAGCUAGUAAGUGGAGUUUGAGUUAACAUUAUUUUGGCUACAAAGCUCUUUCUGUAUUUUCACAAAUACCAAAUACCUCUCAUGAGGUGAGAGGAAAUUUGGAGACAAGGAUAGUCGCUCUAACAAUUAGAGUGUGUUUCCUUAAGAUAUGUGUUUUGUUUCGUUGUAUUAGUUUGUAAAAGAUCAUCAGUUUAUGGUAGCUCAGCCACUUUUAUUUUUCUAGUUUAAAGGAUUUUGUAAUUGUACAGUAUAUGGUAUGUACUUGUGAUGUAUAGAGCACUAAAGGGUUGGCGCAUUUGAAGAAAUCACACAGCACUUCACAUUCACAUGUACUGCGCUGUACAUGCUGUCCCUGUUUUACUCUCCUCCUACUUGUCACAGCAUUAAGUUUUGAGAAAUGUAUGUGGAAUCAUAACAAAAUGUGUAAGCAGUCUUUUCAUAAUGCAUUUGAAGGGCCUUUGACCGCGCUGAUCAUAAAGCUUAUUUAUUUUAGAGGAGAUUAAGCAGUCUGUUUGACAGAAUCACUAUUGAGGAGUCACAGAGUAAUAAGUGCCAUAGGCUUGACAAUGUGUGUAGAGAUGGGUAGCACCCAAAACAUUUAGAUUCUGGUGCCAUCACAUGCACUAUAUAGACAACAGUGUUGGUAUAGCUGACCAGUACACCAACAGGGAUUUAAAGACAUCACAUUCUAAACACAUAGACAGCUUUGCAGCUGUAACAGCUUGCACUCUUCUGGGAAGGUUUUCCACAAGAUUUUGGAGUGUUUCUGUGGGAACUUUUGUC